AUGGCCUCCCUCCUCAAAGUCAUCCGCCCCGGGUUCAUCGCCCAGCCUUCGGCUGCAUUGAAGGCAUUCGGUAAGCUACUCAAUUAUGUCGGAACACACCUCACGGUGACCAUAGGCGUCAAUAAGGAACACACGACCAUGGAAGACUCCACUUCCCGGUUCUCAACAUUCACAGCACCCCGCGCCGAGGCGAUCGACACACCAUCAACAUCCACACCCACAUCACCCACCACAUCAGUAUCAUCACAACACGAGGAGGAGCCUCUCAGCAGCUUCCAUACACCUCUUCAAGCCUGGAUCCGGGACUUCAAGACCAACGAGCCCAAGGAUUUGAUUCAGUUGCAGCGCAAGGUUUUUGGCGCACCCCUCCGCAAGGAUAUCUUGCACCGUGUUGUUGUCUGGCAGAGAGAUGCUGAGCGUCAGGGAACUCAGUCGACGAAGUCUCGUGGAGAGGUUAGUGGAACUACCAGGAAGGCUGCCCCCCAGAAGGGUCGUGGUGCUGCCCGUGUCGGUUCCCUCCGCACCCCCCAGCGUCGUGGAGGUGGAUUGGCGUUUGGACCCAAGCCUAGGGACCACUCGAGCGAGUUGCCCCGCAAGGUUCAGGAUAUGGGUCUCCGCAUUGCGCUCUCGACCAAGUUUGCACAGGACCAGCUCGUGAUUGUUGACGACUUGUCGUUGGAUUCGCAUAAGACUCGACAGUUUGAGGCGAUCCAGCGUCGUCAUGGAUGGGAUUCUGUUUUAGUCGUUGCCCAUGCCGAGAACCAGAACUUGUGGCGUGCAACGUCCAACCUGCAGCAGGUUGAUGUCGCAGUCAUGCAGGAGGCUGAUGUUUUGAGGCUGUUGAAGCGUCAGAUGGUUGUUAUUGACCGUCAGUCCGUCCGCUACCUCGAGAAGAAGUUGAAGGUCUAA